ACCACCCCACUAGAGGUCGACCAAUUUAAUCGGAGGGGCAGAUUUCAAGUUUUCAUAACAAUCGGAAAUCUGUAUUUUUGGACACCGAUUUGGCCUAUUUAUUUAUUUUUUACACCUUAUAUUUAUCCUUUAUUUAACUAGGCAAGCCAGGUAAGAACACAUUCUUAUUUUCAAUGACGGCCUAGGAAUGGUGGGUUAACUGCCUUGUUCAGGGGCAGAACGACAGAUUUUUUUACCUUGUCAGCUCGGGGAUUCAAUCUUGCAACCUUACAGUUAACUAGUCCAACGCUCUAACCACCUGCCUCUCAUUGCACUCCACGAGGAGCCAGCCUGUUACGCAAAUGCAGUAAGAAGCCAAGAGUACGGGUAUAUGCAGCAGUUUGGGCCGCCUGGAUCGUUGCGAACUGUUGAAAAAGCGUAUCAACUGGCACCGGCACGACUACACAGAACCUGACGAUGGUAGCAGGCUGGUGCAGGCGGGGACCUCUGUGUUUGUACGAGAGCUGCAGAACAGGCCCUUUCCCAGCUGAGAUCCUGGUGCAGAUGCAGGGACAUCAGGUAACACAGAAGUACCUGGAGAAGCAGGGCUUCAGCUACCCCAUCGCCGUUCCCCACCUAGGCGGACUGGGUCUCAAGCUGCCCCCCUCCAGCUUCUCUGUCAGGGAUGUGGAGGAGUAUGUUGGUGGUGACAAAAUCGUGGAUGUCAUUGAUGUUGCCAGACAGGCAGACAGCAAAAUGAAGCUUCGAGAGUUUGUCAAGUAUUACUACAAACCUCAUCGGCCAAAGGUGCUGAACGUGAUCAGUCUGGAGUUUUCAGACACCAAGAUGGCAGAGCUGGUGGUGGUGCCUGAUAUCGCUCAGAAGAUGUCCUGGGUGGAGAACUACUGGCCAGAGGACUCCUUCUUCCCCAAGCCCUUUGUUCAGAAGUACUGCCUGAUGGGGGUGAAGGACAGCUAUACAGACUUCCACAUAGACUUCGGAGGCACAUCUGUGUGGUACCAUGUACUCUGGGGAGAGAAGAUUUUCUACUUGAUCAAACCGACCCAGGAUAAUCUUACACUAUACGAGGUGUGGAGUUCGUCCCCCAACCAGAGCGAGGUGUUCUUCGGGGACAAGGUGGACCAGUGCUACAAGUGUGUGGUGCCGCAGGGAACCACCGUCCUCAUCCCCACAGGAUGGAUCCAUGCUGUUCUCACCUCUCAGGAUUGCAUGGCGUUCGGUGGGAACUUUCUCCACAACCUCAACAUAGGCAUGCAGCUUAGGUGUUAUGAAAUGGAGUGGCAGUUAAAGACUCCGGACCUCUUCAAAUUCCCUUACUUUGAGGCAAUCUGCUGGUACGUGGCCAAUAAUCUACUGGAGACUCUAAAAGAGUUACGAGAGGAUAACUGCCAGCCCCCAGUCUACCUAACAGAUGGAGUGAAAGCCUUGAUUAAUGCACUGAAAAACUGGCUGAAACGAGAGGUCACAGAGCAGGCCAGCGAUGUCCCGGACCAUAUCAGACCCAACCAUCUGAUUAAAGAACUCACAAAGGAAAUCCGCUACCUGGAGGAGGAGGAGGAGCAGAGUGGAGAUAGCAAGCCAGUGAAAUCUCAGCGAUGUGGACCGUGCCCACUGACGCGGUCGACUCUUGACAAGGCUGGACAUCAUGCUCUCAGGACAGCCAGACAGCUACGGCACCACCAUCACCAUGCGCCCAAGACCCCCUCCAACCUGGAGAUCCUGGAGCUGCACACGCGACAAGUGCUCAAGAGGCUGGAGGUGGGACCCUUUGAGGAGGAUGUUCCAUUCAGCUCCACGGUGAUGGCCAAGUUCAACAAGACGUCCAUGGCGUCUGCUGCAGCGGUGGAGAGGAGCCUGGACAACAACCUCCUUCUGGUGAUGUGCAAUGGCAGGAUUAUUAGAGAUGAGCGUCGUCACACACGUGUGAAGAGUAGUCCGGUGCGGGACGGUAAAUGGACUGGAGACCACCAGAGGGAAGGGGUCCUGGUGAAGACUGAGCUCAAUGACAGCAAGCUGGAACAGCACCAAGACCACGAGAGAGAGGAGAAACCCAGCCCCCUCAGCAGUGAGUCUAACUGGUCAAGUCACCAGCUGUCAAUCAACGGUUUAGACUUUUUCGAAAGAGUGAAUUCCGAUCUCAGGAAAGGAGCCGUAGUGUACUCCGACAUUUCAGACUCUGAGUCCGAAGAACGUUGCUCUUUGCAGAAAAAGGACUCCUCGGGGGAAGAUUCGGGGAGCUCCGAGGAGGAAAGGGAGAAUAAGGAGCGUUGCAGGAUGGCGCGAGGCAGUGUGAAGGACCUACACCAGGCCAGACAGGCCCUUCACCACUUUCACGAACUACUACAACGCCCUACCUCUCCAACCACAGAAGAGGAGGCUAUUGAGGGCAUGCUGUCCAUGGCAGGGCUGCUUUAUCUUCAGCGACCAGAGGAGAGCAGCACUGCCCAGGAGCCCUGGUGGUCCAGCCUGGCUCAUCAGUCCCCCAACAGUGGUGGAAAAGAGCCUGUGUCAGGGGAUGAUUCAGACAGCAACUCCACACUGACCCUUCAGGUAACAAGGGCACAGCAGCAUGUGCGUAAGGAGUGUCGAGCCGAGCUUAGCCAGAGGAUCCAGGAGAACAAGAACUUCAUGGCCAAUCAGAGCAGUGGGAGUAACAGUAACAGCAGCAAGGCCUGGGGUGACCAAAGCCCCUCUCAGGCUGCCUCUAGCCCCCUCCGCCUGGACCCCAGCUCAGGGACUGACAACCAGUACAGUGAGACUUCCCUGUCACCCCCCCGGCACCCCUCCAAGAGGCCCGCACCAAACACCCCACCCAUCAGUAAUCAAGCUACUAAAGGAAAACGUCCUAAGAAAGGUAUGGCCACCGCUAAGCAGAGACUAAGGAAGAUUCACAAGCUGAGCAGGAACAACCACUUCUUGCUAUAGCACCCAAGACCCUGAUGUCUACAGAAAUAACUUUGAGAAGGGACAACUCGCCCCCCUGCCCAUAUACUCUUUCGGUUGUGACUCACAUUUUACAAGAAUCAUUGCUUGGAUGGAUUGACCUGACACAUUAAUGGCCACAUGCUUGAUGUGGAAGUAUUGGAUGUAGGGCUUUCAGAGUUAAUCGGUAACCUGAGUUAAUUUUAGUGCGCUCAUGUUAUUACAUUUUUUGUGUGAUUAAUCGCAUUGUCUGAAAGCAUUCAAAAUUAACUGAAACAUACAAAAUACAUAAUCUUUACAGAUAAAAACGAUGCAAUGUCCAAACAAGUUGACAUUUAGGUUAAAUUUACCUGAUUUGGCUAACCGUUACUUUGGACAAAAUCAAGACUUCAAUAUUCUUGUAAUGCUUUUCAUAUAAAAAAAUAUAAAAUUACAGUUCAAUUUGAGCAUAUUCUGAAUUUGCGAUUUAAUCAUGAUUAAUCACAGCAAAUCCUGGAAUUAAAAUAAAUUUAGUUAUCGUUUGACAGCCCUAAUUGGAUAACAAGAUAUUGGAUUUACAGAAGAAAGCAUAGUUUCCCAUGGUGAAAUGAUGGUGCGCUGCAAAAAGAAAAAAGAAACUGCAUGGAUCCUCAGCAAUGACAUUGGAUUGUAUAUGAUCUGGCCAUCAAGAGCUAUACAGUAAAUAUGGCUUUGUUUCAGAAUUGAAGCACCGCAACAACACAGCAUUGUACAAAGACGCAUGACAUUGGGAAUUUAAAUGACGUUUGAUAGAACAACAUUUGCAUCUGAGCCACGUGCUGUCGUAUCUAUUUUGGCUGUUGCUUUUUACCUUAUGCUUGCACUAGCACUUCCAAACAACACUACUUAUUAUGCCAGAACAAGCAAAUGUUGUUUAAGCCAAGAAUGGCAAGUGAAGAGUUUAUCACCACUCUUUGGGACAUUGUCAUGUGUUGGUUUGGUCUGACUUGAGAUCAAGAAUGACACUAUGGUGUUUGAACUCAUUUUAAAUGGUGCUGAAGUGCAUAUUCAUGUUAUCCUUUUGUCUACCCUCUUGUUACAAUCACCAGUGAUUGAAUUUGAGAGAGGGGUAUAUUUUGAUGCAGCACUCCAGGCACCUCAGCCUCGCAGUAUGUAAAAGCUAUCUGUCGCUAAUGCAUUAAGCCAUUCCAAGAAUACCUCUCCCAACGCAUUAAGUUUACUGGUUCUGUUUACUGAAGGGGUUAUGACUCCUCAUUGCUCUACUGUUGGAUCACUGACCAUAUCAAAUGUGUUCCUUUGUUGCCACCUAUUGGUCAAAUGAGGGCAGGAGCUUGACAGUGCUGUUAUUAUGAAAGGUUUUUGAAAUUGCAAAAAGACAUCAAGUUGCAAAUGUACAGAAUGUAUUUACAGAAAAUAUAAGUUAUUGUUAAUUUAUUUAACUUUCUCUUUUGGUGUUUGUUUUAUUGUUUUUCUUUUGCUGGUAUUGAAUUAUGUAUUGUGAAAAAAGUUAAUGGCUUUGAUAUGACAAUCCUGUUACAAUGGGUGAUUUAUUUUUUUAUAUUCGCAAACCGGUUGUAUUUGUUGCCUCUAUCACAUUUGUAUUGGGUGGAUUUAAGCAAAAAUCUACUAACAAGUGGACCUAAAUUAGAUUUUAAAUGUUUGGGAGAUCUUCUAGGUCGGCAAAGAUUGAUUAUUAUCAAAGAAUAUUUGUCUUACUCAUUAGUAAGAAUUAGAUUUUUAGAUUUUUUUAUAUAAAUGUGUCUUAAGUGAAACUGAUAAUUUUAUAAUUGUACAAAGUGUAAUUAUGGCUACUAAUUAUAGUUAUGGUAAGUGUAUGUUUAUUUUCCCUAUCACUAUAUCCUUGGCUUGAAAGACCUCAGUUGGAUUUUGAAUUGGUGGUCUUUUUUUGUUGGUGAUAAUGCCAAAAAUAAAUGGUUGAAGUGAGAGAUUGCUCCUGUUGGUGUCUUUCUCAGGGACACAUUCUCUUUCUUAAGAAAUGUUUGUUAGGUUUUUUUCAUAAGUGUUACGUUCCCCAGUUUAUGUGUUGUCGUUUGUGUAUUUGCAUGUGUUUAUUUUAGGAAAUGGCUUCCUGAAAUCCCUCAAGCAGCUGAUUGGUCGACUCCAUGGCUAAUUGGAGAGCUGACCCCACCCCCUCGUCAAGACGCAACAACAAGUGGGACACAAUCAUGAAGUGGAACGACAUUUAUUGGAUAUUUCAAACUUUUUUAACAAAUCAAAAACUGAAAAAUUGGGCGUGCAAAAUUAUUCAGCCCCUUUACUUUCAGUGCAGCAAACUCUCUCCAGAAGUUCAGUGAGGAUCUCUGAAUGAUCCAAUGUUGACCUAAAUGACUAAUGAUGAUAAAUACAAUCCACCUGUGUGUAAUCAAGUCUCCGUAUAAAUGCACCUGCACUGUGAUAGUCUCAGAGGUCCGUUAAAAGCUCAGAGAGCAUCAUGAAGAACAAGGAACACACCAGGCAGGUCCGAGAUACUGUUGUGAAGAAGUUUAAAGCCGGAUUUGGAUACAAAAAGAUUUCCCAAGCUUUAAACAUCCCAAGGAGCACUGUGCAAGCGAUAAUAUUGAAAUUGAAGGAGUAUCAGACCACUGCAAAUCUACUAAGGCCUGGCCGUCCCUCUAAACUUUCAGCUCAUACAAGGAGAAGACUGAUCAGAGAUGCAGCCAAGAGGCCCAUGAUCACUCUGGAUGAACUCCAGAGAUCUACAGCUGAGGUGGGAGACUCUGUCCAUAGGACAACAAUCAGUCGUAUAUUGCACAAAUCUGGCCUUUAUGGAAGACUGGCAAGAAGAAAGCCAUUUCUUAAAGAUAUCCAUAAAAAGUGUUGUUUAAAGUUUGCCACAAGCCACCUGGGAGACACACCAAACAUGUGGAAGAAGGUGCUCUGGUCAGAUGAAACCAAAAUUGAACUGUUUGGCAACAAUGCAAAACGUUAUGUUUGGCGUAAAAGCAACACAGCUCAUCACUCUGAACACACCAUCCCCACUGUCAAACAUGGUGGCGGCAGCAUCAUGGUUUGUGCCUGCUUUUCUUCAGCAGGGACAGGGAAGAUGGUUAAAAUUGAUGGGAAGAUGGAUGGAGCCAAAUAAAGGACCAUUCUGGAAGAAAACCUGAUGGAGUCUGCAAAAGACCUGAGACUGGGAUGGAGAUUUGUCUUCCAACAAGACAAUGAUCCAAAACAUAAAGCAAAAUCUACAAUGGAAUGGUUCAAAAAUAAACAUAUCCAGGUGUUAGAAUGGCCAAGUCAAAGUCCAGACCUGAAUCCAAUCGAGAAUCUGUGGAAAGAACUGAAAACAGCUGUUCACAAAUGCUUUUUUUGAUUUGUUAAAGUUUGAAAUAUCCAAUAAAUGUCGUUCCACUUCUUGAUUGUGUCCCACUUGUUGUUGAUUCUUCACAAAAAAAUACAGUUUUAUAUCUUUAUGUUUGAUGCCUGAAAUGUGGCAAAAGGUCGCAAAGUUCAAGGGGGCCGAAUACUUUCGCAAGUCACUGUAGAUGCCAGUGUUCUGUUCAGGAGAGGUCAUUGCAGAGAUUUUGCUGGGCUGAGAGUUGGUAUGUUUUGUGAGUUUGUUGCUCAGAGCUUAUUUGAUGUCCUUUGUUUCUUAGUUUGUUUGUGAAAUUGUUUAAUAUUCUAUUUCAUUUGUUCCCAGGGGGGAAGGGGAAGGCACCUAGGGAGUGCUUAGGCAAGAGGCCCGCGGGUAUACAUGUACCCGUAGCAUAUUCGCUGUCUAGGCACGCUAGAUAAGACCUGGGCGGACCACCCCCUUGUAUUUUGGUUAGGACACCAGGUGGUGCUAAAUUAGGUAAGUAGUGGGUAGGCAGGUAAGAUAGGAGAGGGGGGCUUUGAGAUUUACUUUCUUUGCUUUGGUUCCGUCCAGCCCCUUUUCCCCAUAUUACCGUGUGAAGGAAUAAAGUCCUGGUAAACAGUA